GUUGGGCGAGUGGCUGGCUGAGUGUGUUUUGUGCGGAUCCGUGCGAGAGGUAAUCAAGGAAAAUCGCCCGAAUUUCCCCGCGAAGAGUAGCGAAACUACAUUCAAACCGUGACGUAAUUCGAGUUGGUGCGAAUAAUCACUUCGUCCGGCCGGGAAUCAAUGUCCGACUGCGAGGAAUCGCUCGAGAGUCGACUGGCAAAAUUUCGUCUUGAUAGGGAGUUGACAAAACAGGAUUCAGCAACCGGUGGUGCGGUACAGUCAGACAUGGAUCGCGAUCCCAACAAUGGGGAUCGAGGAAACGGUGGGGGUAGAUUUCACGGACGUGGCCACAGGGGUGGAAAACAUGGUCGAGGAGGAAGAGGAGGAUACAAGGGUGAUCGCGAUGAACCGUGGAGGGGUGGAAAGAAACUGAGGCGGCACAAAGUCGCAGAAAGGAUGGCCUAUGAAAAUGGGGAUGGCGGAAGUGGUGCCAAUAGAUUCAAAAGGUUCGGUGAUCCGAGAGACGACGAAGUAGUUACCGGUGGAGAUGAAAGGCCACCGCCGGGGUUGCGUGGAAGAGCACUGGGUUUGUUUUAUCGGGACAGACAAACCAGGAAGAAAAAAGAGAGUGAGAAGCGAAAGGCAGUGGACAUAACAAUACCUCAAUGGCAGAUUCAGGAGAUUCGUACGCAGCUGAAGCUGCCAGAUGGACAAGGGAACGUGGAUUUUUUUAAGCACUUCAUUCAUAACGAAGACAUCAAUUCUCCGUUCAAGAAUGAAUACCUGAGGGUGAUCAACAAAAACCUGGAGCAAAUUUUGAAGGAAGAAUCCGUGAAAAAUGAAGUUCCUUCCGAUGACUCGCAGGUCGAGUGGAAGCAAUCAGUGAACAAUAAGUUCUACGAGGAAUGUCUGAAAAAAGAUUAUUUGGGAGAAAUGAAGUAUUUUCGUGAAAAACUGCCUGCCUUUGGUUCAAGACAAAAUAUUUUGGAGAUGAUCGACGCACAUCAAGUGAUUCUGGUCAAAGGAGAAACAGGAAGCGGAAAGACCACUCAAAUUCCACAAUUUAUUCUGGACCAAGCUAUGCUGCAGGGAAAGGGGUCAGAUUGUAGGAUCAUUUGUACGCAACCACGACGAAUUUCGGCUAUUACGCUAUCAGAGCGAGUGGCCGCAGAGCGCGGAGAGAGACUGGGGAAGUCCGUUGGAUACCAAAUUCGUCUGGAUUCCAAGAAACCUCGGAGCGAAGGAGCUAGCAUAACGUUCUGUACCACGGGUAUCGUUCUCUCCAUAAUGCAGAGCGAUCCAUGCUUAAAGGAUUAUUCUCAUCUGAUUCUGGAUGAGAUUCACGAGCGGGAUGUCAUCACCGAUUUACUUCUUGGAAUUACGAAAAUGAUCCUUCCGUACCGUAGAGAUCUGAAGAUCAUUCUCAUGAGUGCCACCCUCACUGCGGACACAUUUUCUAGCUAUUUCAAUAACUGCCCGAUGGUAGAGAUUCCGGGUUUGACGUUUCCCGUACAAGAAUUCUACCUGGAAGAUGUUGUAGCUGAGCUAAACUUUCAUGAUUUCGAGGGCCAACAGACUCAAAAAAACUAUCGCAGUCGCGAUAGUUACAUCAUGCAAUUCUACGACAUGAUCGAUCCUUACCUGCCAGAACUACGUGCCCACUACUCCGCUCAAGUUUUGCGAACGAUCAGUAACCCACAAAGCGAAACACGUCAAAAUGAUCUCAUCGUCGAACUCAUUUGCUAUAUUACGGCUACAAAACCAGACGGAGCGAUCCUUGUGUUCCUUCCGAGCUUAGCUCAAAUUACAGAAGUUAAUAAGCUUCUCACUAGACAUCGUCGCCUAUCGCAGAUGUCGACGCUAAUCUACCCACUGCAUUCGAAAGUUCCUCAACUCGACCAGAAGGCAGUAUUCUCCCGACCAAGGCCAGGCACCCGUAAGGUGAUCCUUGCGACAAAUAUCGCGGAAACUUCGAUUACCAUCGAUGACGUGGUCUAUGUUGUAAACGCGGGCCGACAUAAGAUCAAUAUGUACGAGGACGGUAUCUCUUCUCUCCGUGAUGAAUGGAUCUCCAUUUCCAACGAAAUUCAGCGGAAAGGUCGUGCAGGUCGUGUUCAACCGGGAGUGUGCUAUCAUCUCUACACCAGAGCACGUCGAAACGUACUACUGCAAAACACACCACCGGAAAUCCUCCGAGUAGCGCUGGAUGAAGUCAUUCUACACAUAAAGAUUCUUGCUCUCGGAGAUGCUCGUCGUUUUCUGGAGAAGCUGCUCGAUCGACCCUCUGAUGCGGUCAUCGAAGAAUCUCUGGAACUACUCAACCGUCUCAACGCCAUUGAUGACAACGAAAUGCUUACUCCUCUAGGGUACCACCUCGCACGUCUCCCAAUGGACCCACGGACCGGAAAGAUGGUUCUUCUGUCCAGUAUCUUUAGCUGCACCGAUCCGAUCACCUCAAUCGCGGCAAGCCUCUCGUUCAAAGACGCAUUCUACAAGCCUUUCGGUAAAGAGAAAGAAGUUGAUCGCGUUCGUCGACGAUUCGCCGAAGGUUUCCACAGCGAUCACCUAAUGCUAGCAAACGUGAUCCACCAGUGGAGUCAGCUGUCCUAUCGAGACCUCCCAGAUUUCGCCCGCCGAAACUUCCUCAACCAGAACACCAUGAACCAACUGUGCAGCAUGAAGGCUCAGUUUUGCGAGUACUUCCACUCGGCCAAGUUUCUGGAUCAUGCCCAACCGGAAGCGCACAGCAACAAUCGCAACUCCGCAAACGAUAAACUGCUGACGGCGAUCGUCGGCGCAGGAUUGUAUCCGAAUGUGGCCUUCGUCCGGAAGAUCAUCCGGAAUCGUCACAACGCGGAUGGGCGAGCCAUUUUGAUGAUCGAAGGCCAGGGACGGGCCACGAUUCAUCCGUCGUCGGUGAAUAGCACGCUGGGGAAUUACGACUCAAACUUUGUGGUGUACUACGAAAAACAAAAGAUUUCGGAGCUGACGAUCUUCGACACGACGGUGGUGAAUCCAUUUCCACUGUUUUUCUUCGGCGACAACCACGUCGAGACGCACGAGGGAUUCGAGAUGAUCUCUAUUUCGGGACACUAUUGUUUAAAAUGCAAUAAGGAAACCUACCGGCUGAUUCAGGACUUGCGUGGUGGCUUCAAUCUAUUUCUUCAGAAGAAAAUAUGUGAACCAUCGCCGGUUGAUUGGUCAUCGGAAGAAGGAGCUCUGUUGCGGGCAAUAAUCGAGCUGAUCACCAUCGAUGGAAAGUUUGAGGAUGACUUUGACGACAACGAUGAUUCAAGCACAUCGUCAUUCUCGCGAUCAUGCCUGGGUGGGGAGUCAAGCCGGUACUAUGAAUAAAUUCGGAUGAAUGGCUCAUAGCUGAUACUCAUCCGUUUCUUGUGAUUUGAUCACUGAACCAAGUCAUAAAAUAGUCAUGAUUCAAGUCAAACAGUCAUUGCAGUGUGGAAUAAAUGAGUGAUGAAAUGUUGUACAAUCAACCACCUUAAAAAUCCUUGAAAUCUACUUUUUGAUCUGAACAUUCAUAUUUGAAAUAGUUGACUUGUUGAGUACAACUUCUUUAUUAAA